GUUAUUCAACAGAGAAAUGAGGAAUGUGACCACAUACAGUUUUUAAUUGAAGAGAAAGAGUCUAAAGAAGAGGACUACUAUGAAGACCUUGACAGAUUUGAAGAAAAUGGUACCCAAGAGUCUCGCAUCAGUCCCUAUACUUUCUGCAAGGCCUUUCCUUUCCACAUAAUAUUUGACAGAGAUCUGGUGGUCACACAGUGUGGCAAUGCUAUAUACAGAGUCCUUCCACAGCUGCAGCCAGGAAAUUGCAGUCUGUUGUCAGUUUUCUCCUUGGUUCGGCCUCAUAUUGAUAUUAGUUUCCAUGGGAUCCUCUCACAUAUCAAUACAGUCUUUGUACUGAGGACCAAGGAGGGACUGUUGGAUGUGGAAAAGCUGGAGUGUGAAGAUGAACUGACUGGCACAGAAAUCAGCUGCUUACGCCUGAAAGGGCAAAUGAUCUACUUGCCUGAAGCAGACAGCAUUCUCUUUCUUUGUUCGCCAAGCGUGAUGAACUUGGAUGAUUUGACCAGAAGAGGUUUAUAUCUGAGUGAUAUUCCAUUGCAUGAUGCUACCCGUGAUCUGGUUCUUUUGGGAGAGCAGUUCAGAGAGGAAUAUAAACUGACUCAAGAGCUUGAGAUCCUCACUGACAGACUGCAGCACACACUGCGCGCACUGGAAGAUGAAAAGAAAAAGACAGACACAUUACUGUACUCUGUUCUACCACCCUCAGUGGCAAAUGAGCUGAGACACAAGCGUCCUGUUCCGGCUAAGCGGUAUGACAAUGUGACCAUUCUUUUCAGUGGCAUUGUUGGAUUCAAUGCCUUCUGUAGUAAACAUGCCUCUGGAGAGGGAGCCAUGAAGAUUGUUAAUCUCUUAAAUGAUCUUUACACAAGAUUUGAUAUUCUGACUGAUUCACGAAGGAAUCCAUUUGUUUAUAAGGUGGAAACAGUUGGGGACAAGUAUAUGACAGUGAGUGGUCUUCCAGAGCCUUGCAUUCAUCAUGCACGAUCGAUCUGCCACCUGGCAUUGGAUAUGAUGGAAAUAGCAGGUCAAGUUCAAGUAGAUGGUGAGCCUGUGCAGAUAACAAUAGGAAUCCAUACUGGUGAGGUAGUCACAGGUGUUAUAGGCCAAAGGAUGCCACGUUACUGUCUCUUUGGAAAUACUGUCAAUCUAACAAGCAGAACAGAAACUACUGGAGAAAAGGGGAAGAUCAAUGUCUCUGAAUAUACUUACAGGUGUCUUAUGACUCCAGAAAAUUCAGAUCCUCAGUUUCACCUGGAGUACAGGGGUCCAGUUUCUAUGAAGGGUAAAAAAGAACCAAUGCAGGUUUGGUUUUUAUCCAGAAAGAGUACAGAGACAGAGGAAACAAAGCAAGAUGCUCUCUGAGCUGAGGGAAAAGGAAGAGGACACUGGAUAGGGUGCAAUACUGUCUCCAAAUAGGCUGCCAGGCAGUAAGGUUGAUUUAUGGAUGUUAUUUCACAUCAUAUCUCCCAUUGUUAUGUGCAGUACCAUUGUCUUUUGCCCUAGUCCUGAAGUCAUACUCACUGUUUUUCUCCAGGCUGGCUUGCUAUUUUUUUUUUCCUUAAUGUUUGGUAUUGUUAUAUCUCUGCUAUGAGCAUGUAUUUCAAGCUUUCCUUUUUUUGAUAUGCAUUUUUUGCAUGUCAGUCAUGUGGCCUUUCCUACUACCACAUACUAUUGAAUAAAAUUUUGUAAUGUGCACGCCACAACUAACCACUUCAAGCUGAUGCUUUACGUUUUCAUCUUCAUCUCUGAAGUAUAGUGGUUACAUGAAUCAGUGACAUUUCUGGAAAGACAGGUAUUUCAGUUGUUGGGCAGAACAAUUAACCUGAAGAACUAUUUUUAAAAAUAAUACCUAAAGCAGCAUUAUAAAAAUUAUUGUAUAAACAUUGUUUAUCAGAUUUAGUUCUGCUAUUACUAUGCUUCCCAGUCAUUUUGUGAUUAACGCUUGAUGCACUGUAAAUUCC